GGAAUGGGCGGCGGAUGGGGGUGUGUUCAAGCCGAUAGUUUAAAAUCCUACAGAAAUGCGCACGGCGCUUUGGUUUGAAGAGAAUACGCCAUAUUGAUUCACCGUAGGCUUCUGCUAACCGUUUUCAGUUAGCGGUUUGAAAAGGACCUGGACAACUCUUCUCAAUGGUCCUCGUUCGGUUUGGCGUUAGCACUUCUCUGUCUUUGUAACCCGGUUUACUAGCUCAUUUGUUUUGUCGGGGCAGUCGUACAUUUUAACGGUCUCAUUGACUUGCUUGAAGUGGGUUCAGAAAAAAGAAGUUGAAUGGAUCCGAGGGUGGCUUGGAUUCAGCCGGAACAGAAAGGACCUGCAAACGCAUUUUGGAUGCAAGUCUGGGAGACUUCUCAGGUACGAACAAACUCCGGCCAGCAUCUUCAUAAUAAUCAGAACCACAACCUGCAUUUGAAUUCUCCAGCGUUGGACGUUUAUAAACAUGUUGCGGCAAAGGGCAGUAGCAUGUGCACCAACACCACCGCUGGUCUGAGCAGCAGCAGCCAUCACGGUAUUUCAAAAGGCACUACUUCUAACCACGGCACUGCGUUCUCCUCCUUCGAGGUAACGUUACCGAACGGCACCGUACAGAACUCAUUGACCCCGUUCAACGCUUACGGGGCAACGGCAGAUUUGGGAGACAGUAAAAUGCCCCAAAAGACGGGAUCUAUCUCGUCCUUGUCUUCAGUGGAAUCUAUAACGGACAGUACAUCUUCAAACCGCUCUUUGGGAAGGAUUAGUGGUGGCAAUGUAACUGGAAAUAUGAAUAAAAACGCUGGCAGUGUCAAUCUGUUAUUUAACUUCAGUGAAAGCAUGCAUAAUAAUGUCAACCAAUACCACCAUCAAAGGCACCAUCAGCAUCACCCUCAGUACAAUUUCCAACAGAAUUGUGUGAAGCGUCACCCGACUCACCCGCCUGCACCCCUAAAUAACCACACUCACCAUCCAGGCCGAAGGAAAAGUGACAACAAGGCGAGCACCUAUGGGAUGAAUUACCUUCUUUCUAACUAUGUUAGUUCGGGGACUGGGACGCCGUGGAAGACGAGGAAAUACAGCCCCGGUGUUGAUGGUCUCCAUGAGGAGGUGGUGGACUUCUACAACUUCAUGUCUCCCCGACCAGAGGAGGCUGCUAUGAGGAAGGAGGUGGUCGACAGGAUCGAGACUGUCAUCAAGGAGCUGUGGCCUACUGCCGACGUGCAGAUAUUUGGCAGCUUCAGCACUGGACUCUACCUACCUACAAGUGACAUAGACCUGGUGGUGUUUGGGAAGUGGGAAUGCCCCCCGUUGCAGCAGUUGGAACAGGCCCUCCGGAAACACAACGUGGCGGAACCUUUCUCCAUCAAAGUGCUGGACAAAGCUACAGUGCCAAUCAUCAAGCUGACUGACCAGGAGACUGAAGUCAAAGUGGACAUCAGCUUCAACGUGGAGUCUGGAGUCAAAGCUGCUUUCUUCAUCAAGGACUACACUCGGAGGUAUCCCGUGCUGCCUUACAUGAUCUUUGUGCUGAAGCAGUUUCUGCUCCAGAGAGAUCUCAAUGAGGUGUUCACCGGAGGAAUCAGCUCUUACAGCCUCAUCCUGAUGGUCAUCAGCUUCCUCCAGCUCCACCCAAGGAUUGACGCCAGCAACCCCAACAUCAACCUUGGCAUUCUACUGAUUGAGUUCUUUGAGCUUUAUGGGCGCCAUUUUAACUACCUGAAGACGGGCAUCCGCGUCAAGAACGGAGGGGCCUACAUGGCCAAGGAGGAUAUGAUGAAGGUUAUGACCAAUGGCUACAGACCCUCCAUGCUCUGUAUAGAAGACCCACUGAUGCCAGGUAACGACGUUGGCAGGAGUUCGUACGGAGCCAUGCAAGUCCAGCAGGUUUUUGACUACGCUUACAUCGUCCUCAGUCACGCCAUGUCACCGCUAGCACGCUCCUACCCAAACAAGGACAUUGACAGCGCUUUGGGUAGGAUAAUCAAGGUGACACAGGAAGUGAUUGACUACAGGGAGUGGAUCAUGACGAAGUGGGGGGGCAGGCACCUCGCCCGCAUGGAGAGCCAGGGUUCCCUUUUGGAUCAGGACCCAGCAGGGUGUGUGUUGGGUGUGGAGGAGCAGAGGGACUCUGUUUCCCCUCACAGUGCAGACUCUCCCAUGUCCCUGUCCAGUCCUCACCAACACUCCUCAGCCUCCUCUGUCUCCUCACUGUCUGGGUCAGACAAUGACUCUGAUUCGACACCCCCGGCACUGCCCGUCUACCCCUUUCAGGCUUUGGGUAUGACUCUACCCCUGGGCCUGGCACUGGGCAAGGCUGGCAUCAACCAGCACCACCUCAUCAUGUCCCCUGGCUCACAGGCGUGUAUGUCUUUGCCCGGUGCCCUGACGAUGCACUCUUUACCUGGCAGACAGGUGGGUAUAGACGGGCACCACCUCCCCCCCUUUUUCCACAUGCCCCCCCCUACCCACCAUAACCCCCAUGCCCCCUCCAACCCCCAGCCUCUGUCCAGCCCCCACCCUGCCAGCCACACACACCAGAACGGUCCCAAGUGUCAGAUGAAAGGCUUCCACAAUCCAGCCGUGGUCCACAGUCCUGCCCUGGCCAACCGUGCACACACCCACCCUCUCACACACGCCCACACACACUCUCACACGCAGUACCGCAACACCUGGCGGCGUCGGAAGAGGGACAGCUUACCAGUCAGCCUGAGCAGAUAAAAAGACAAAACAUCUUCUCCUCCCUUCAUCCCUCUUUCCACUCCUCCAUUCUGACUGAUUGGGAGGACAACUUGACGGGACAAUGCCCCCUGCUGUUCAACUUAAAGAAAGACAGGCAGGCAGAGACCAGACCAGCAUUGGGAUUCAUUCAACACUUUGGGCUGCUGAACUCGGGCUGCGGAUAGGGAAAAAAGUGUAGCUCUGGGAAAACUCUCCGUUUCUCUCCCUCCCUCCAUUGCUCUUCAUUUCUGCAUGUUUUUCACUGCGCAACGAACCAACGGCCAACGAUACAGGAAUGAGCGGUGCGGCUCAACCCCACCCAACGUGCACUCUGACCCCAGAACUUUUCCGCUAGCUCUCCAGUCCUUCACUUUCUGUUUGGGAUCCACAUUUGUUUGUUUUAUUUUGUUCCGUUAAUGUGUCUUAUUGUUCAAUUUAAAUAUUUUUUUAGCGCUUUGCAGUUUUUCACUUACGUUUGGUGAGACUGAGGAUAGUGACAUCUUUGCCAGGUGGGAGUUGCGAAAGCCCAGUGUCUUAUGGGAAAGUGUUUAUUUUUGGGGGGUCUUUGACUGGGUUAUGUUGUCCAGGCGACAACCUGUGUCCUUGAACCCUGCAGCCAAACUGCGUCUUUUUCAGUGUUCACACAAGGAACGACGGUUUCUCAUUUGUGCAAUAACGUGUUCUAUUUUUUAAGUAAAUGUAUAUUUAAUUUUAUUAUGUAUGUAAAGGCAUUUGGUGUUUUUUUUUAAGAUUGUUUUAUUUUUGUAUUUUUUAUGGCAGAGUUUACAGAACCUUUGCCCAGGUGGCCUCCGAGAGUGUGUGACGAGAGCGUGCGUGUCAAGUAGUGAGCUGUGCGUGUCUUGUUGGAGUGUCGAGGUAUAAUCGGCCCCACCCCCCAUUGGUUGUUUUAUAAUGUGAGUCAAAGGGGUUAAUUAGAAGUAUCUAAGUCACACCAGACUAUUGAGAUGCAUCUUAUUGUUAGACAGGUUAAAAAGUCUACAGUCUCACUAGAUGGAUCUCUUGUUAUAGCAGACGCAGCAGACUGAGCUCUCACGCCCAAUACCCUAGCUGUUGUUUUUAAAAACAAGAUGUUCUCUUUAUUUGGUAUGUGUGCUUGUAUCAGUCAUAGGAUGACUUGCGUUCACCCAACGUUUGUGCCAUUUUCGCUACUCAGUCCUCGCUUAGACUAGGGCUGAACUUCUAUCGCAGGAGUUUGGCACAAGCCCAAGUACAUAUUGUAUGCCCCAAGUGUGUUUAUUGGAUGUGUGUCUUUGCCGUUUUAAAGAUAUGCAUGGUCUAGUGCGUAUGGGAGGUGGAGUUAAAGGGACAGACAAACUGACCUGAACUUGAAGAUCAGAGCGGUGCCAAAUGGAACCCUUCCGCCGACAUUGUGCACUACUUUUGAUUGGGCCAAUGGGCUCUGGUCUAAAAUAGUGCACUACAUAGGGGAUAGGGUACCAUUUCAGAUGCACCCUAAAAGACUAGGUGCUCUAAAGGGUCUUUCCUCGUAGCGGGGGGAGAGAGAGGGAGAAAGUUCUGGGUCCUUCCAGAACCGUGGAAAGGGAAUAAUUUUGAUUCCAUUCUGGAAUCUUGUGUAGGUACUUCCGCAAGUUUGCAAUGCCUUUUCUUUCUGUUUACUUCAGUGUGUGUGUGUGUCGUCUCUGCAGACAUACAGCCGCAUAUAUAUAUACACACACACACACACACACGCCUGUGUGUGUGUGACUGAGGAGCAGAGCGGUAGCUACACAGACAGCGUUAUUACUAUGCAAGUGGGUUAUUUUUGUGUGCCCCAUUAUUUCUGUUUCCAAUGACAACCACUGCUUGUUGGAUUGAAGUGAUGUUAUUGUAAACUCGAGUUUGAAUGACUAGGCCUGUGUGAUCAGUGGGCUAGGCUAGAUGGUUGCUAGUCAGCCUCAGCCCAGUUACAAGUGAACCACAACUCUUGUAUUUGUAUGCAAGUCCUGAUGUUUUGUAUUCCUAUCUGUUAGUUUAUGGAAGGGUCUGUGUGUGUGCCAGUGGUCGGGUAUCUGUCUCUCGUCUCAGAGCGAGGGAAUAGCAAGACUGGUUUCAAAUGACACCCUAUUCUCUCUCAUACAGUGCAUGCUAUUUAACCUUAGUGCUGGUCUAAAGUAGUGCCCUAUAUAGGGGUUAGGGUGUCAUUGUAGAUGACCACUUGAUGUCCCGCCACUGUUUUAACCUAACACCUAUGGCUAGUAUGAAAGUGCACAUGGGGAGCGACUUGCACUCUGUAGUGGAUGACUUCAUACCCUCCCUAGUGCACUACAGUCCUCUACACUGAGAUUGUGUUAGGAGCCAGUGUCAGUCUGUUAGUAUAGCAACUUUUACCCACCAAUCGACCUGGCUAAUAUACACCGCCUUUUUUACAAGGUGUCGGUCUCCAAUGGCACCCUAUUCAGAAUAUAGUGCACCACUUUUGAUUAGAUCUUUGGGUUCUUGUGGAGGGUGGUGGUGCUAUAUAGGAAAUAGGGUGCCAUUUGGGACUUGUCUGCUUUUAGUGAAUAGAACCAGCGUCUGUCAGAAGAGCUCUAAAACACUAUCUCUGGUUGCAGAUUUGUCAAUGCUGUCGAAGAUGUCCACAAUUUUUACAGAUUCUAUUAAGACUGAAAUGCGGUGUGACGUCUAUGGAUUUAACUCGAAUCCCAAUGGUCUACACGAGCUUCCUCUCAUCUACUUUCCUUUAUUUGACGUGAAAGGAACUGGAGCAGGUGAAAGCCAAUCCCUUGGUUUAUCCACCAUUUUGUUUUCAUCUAUUUAGAUCAGUGCAGAUCGGAGAGAAAGCCUCUUUAGACAAUUGAGAACACGAAACACUUGCAUUACAAUGAGUGAUUUUAAACUUAACGGACGCCAUUUUGUGAAAGGUGGCGGCUCCUCUGUCCUGGCCAACUAAUCUGAGCAGGAACUCCUAAAAUGGCUGCCAAACUAGCAGUGGUCACGGAGUGACAGCCUGGCUUUUGUUUUGAACAAUUUUAUGUAAAAGUAUUUUUUUCUAUUUUAUUUUUUAAUAAACUUCUUAAAACGGGCA